AUGCCUCUCCCCGAAAAGCCAAAGCUCCGAUUCGUUCCGAAGAAGGAGCGUGAGCGUCAGGCGGCCGAGAAGGCUAAGAACGAGGCUGAAGAUCUGCGGCGCAAGCAGCAAGAGGAUGCACGAAAGAAAGCCGAAUCCGAGAAGAAGUGGCUCGAGAAGGCAAAUGCGCCUGCCGAGAACCACCGCGAUCACGAUACAGACCGACCGCCCGAAAGACAACAACAAGACCGGAGGUCUGGUCAGAAUGGAAAGGGCGCGUCCAAGAAGGGAGGUGAUGCUAGGAUGACCGAGGAGGAAUUCGAAAAGAAACAGCUGCGCGAACGCUACCUAGGCCCCGAGGUGAACCGCAACUCUAGCUUUUCUGCGGCGAAGAAGCGCAAGCGGCCGACCGAGUUUAAGUUCGACUGGGAUGAAGGCGAAGAACCACGCUCAAGGAUGAUCAGCUUGCGCCGGGGUCACCACCAGCAAGGUCGUGUCAUUGUCUGGGAUAGGCGGGGUCGCGAUCUGGCUAGGAAGCGAGCAGAACGCUUUGGCUUCGGAAAGCGAUGGACAGACAAGGCUCUGAACGAGAUGACAGCCCGUGAUUGGAGAAUCUUCAAGGAGGACUUCGGUAUCGCGACUAAAGGCGGUGCCAUUCCGAACCCGAUGCGGAACUGGGACGAGUCGGGUCUGCCUGGUCGUCUCCUCGACAUCGUCCACCGAGUUGGUUACAACGAUCCCACGCCCAUUCAGAGAGCUGCUAUUCCAAUCGCGCUACAGGCGAGGGACUUGAUCGGUGUUGCCGUCACAGGUUCCGGAAAAACAGCUUCAUUCUUGCUGCCGCUACUGGUCUACAUCUCUGACCUGCCCCCUCUGGGCGAAAUGAACAAGAACGACGGGCCGUACGGCCUCAUCCUAGCACCCACCCGAGAGCUUGUACAGCAGAUCGAAUCUGAAGCAAACAAGUUUGCGACGCCACUAGGAUUCAGAGUCGUCAGCAUCGUUGGUGGUCACUCAUUGGAAGAGCAAGCCUUUGCCCUUCGCAACGGAGCAGAGAUCAUUGUCGCCACACCUGGUCGACUUGUGGACUGUAUCGAGCGGCGUUUGCUGGUUCUGGGACAGUGCUGCUAUGUUAUUAUGGAUGAGGCUGAUCGAAUGAUCGAUCUCGGUUUCGAGGAACCUGUGAACAAGAUUCUAGACGCGCUACCGGUUUCCAACGAGAAACCUGACACGGAUGAGGCAGAGAACGCGCAGCUCAUGAAGCGCUACCUGGGAGGAAAGGAUCGAUACCGACAGACAAUGAUGUACACGGCCACCAUGCCUAGCGUCGUCGAGAGAAUCGCCAAGAAAUACCUGCGGCGACCGGCUAUUGUCACGAUUGGAAACAUCGGCGAAGCCGUUGAUACAGUCGAACAGCGCGUCGAGUUCGUCUCCGGGGAGGAUAAGCGAAAGAAACGGCUGCAACAGAUCCUCUUCUUCGGGCGAUUUCGCGCCUCCCAUCAUCGUCUUCGUCAACAUCAAGCGGAACUGCGAUGCUGUGGCACGAGACGUUAA